AGUCAGCGGGGGUCAAGUUCAGCAGCCGAGGAGAAGCACAAGGGAAGCCCUUCCCCCUUGCACUCCCUCUGCCCCCCUCUCCACCCCGCAACAAGAAAAGAACUUCUAAAGCUGCCGGUGUCUUUCCGGGCUCCCCUCCCUUCGUAUGUGCAUAGCUCUGAUUUAAUUCCCCUCCAUGUAGGAAAGGAAGGGGGGGGGGAGAGAGAAAAUCCAGAGGUAUUUUAUCCCAUUUGACUUUUUUUUUUUAAGUUUUGCAAAUCUUGCAUCCAAAGAGCGGACAAACCCUCCAGAGUUUUUGCACCUUUCUGAUUUGUUCCUAGAGGAAAAAUCUUUCUUUUCAAAAGAAAAGAGAAAAGAUUGGGGGAUUGUGACAAAAAUCCCGGCUCAAGAGGGUGACCAUCAUGAAUGUGCAGAUCAGCUCUCAAAAUGUCUUCCGUGUCUUCCGUGUGCCUCCUAAGCCAGUUGCGUUAGCCCUCCUGCUAGCUGACUAAUAGAAUUAAUAACUGUAAAAGCAAAAGCAAAAAACAAAAACAAAAAAAGCAUUCUAGAGCCACAUGCCUUAUGAAGUCAAUGCUGGGUAUGAUUUUAAAAAUAUGGUCCGGAAAAAGAACCCCCCUCUAAGAAACGUUGCUAGUGAAGGUGAGCCCGAGACCCUCAAGUCGCCGGGUAUUGCAAGUGACAAUAUUGAAAGGCAACAAGAAUUUUCUGCCGGUCAGAUGCAAGGAAACGCAAAGCAGGGUGAGGCUGCGGAGCAAACUGACAAGGAGGGGUUUUGCACGCAUGUCCCAGAGCCAUCUUCCAGCACUAAAAAGGACUUGAAAAACUCAGCAACAAGCGAAAAGGCUGGCUUCAAUUAUGAAAGCCACAAUAAGGGAGGAAAUGUUCCAUCCUUCCCUCAUGAUGAGGUGACAGACAGAAAUAUGCAGGGCUUCUCAUCUCCAGCUGUUGGGGGAAUCUCAGAGUCCUUGAAGUCUCCUCUCAGAUCAGAUGCAGAUGACACCCAAGAUGUGGUCUGCACUCCGUCAGGAGAUCUGAUGGAGAAAAGCGAAGAGCAUUGCACAUCGCCAAAAUCUACAGAUGAAACAGCGCAUGUGCAAAGUGGCCAACCCGAGGGCCGAGGUUCGAGUCCGGCUUUGGUGGCGUCAAAAAACCCACAAGUGCCUUCAGAUGGGGACUUAAGACCAAGCAAAUUGAAAGCAGAUUUGCUGGCAAACGAGAACCCUGAUAUGGCGCCUCUGUCUCCAGAGCUUCAGGACUUCAAAUGCAACAUCUGUGGCUACGGUUACUAUGGGAACGACCCCACAGAUCUCAUCAAACACUUCCGCAAGUACCACCUCGGGCUGCACAACCGCACGAGGCAGGAUGCUGAGCUCGACACUAAAAUUUUGGCGCUCCACAACAUGGUGCAGUUUAGCCACUCCAAAGACUUCCAGAAAGUCAAUUGUUCUGUGCUGUCAGGGGUCCUGCAGGACAUCAAUUCCCAAAGGCCAGUCCUGCUAAAUGGGACUUACGAUGUGCAGGUGACUUUAGGUGGGACCUUUAUUGGCAUUGGACGCAAAACUCCAGAUUGCCAGGGCAACACCAAGUAUUUCCGUUGCAAGUUCUGCAAUUUCACCUAUAUGGGCAAUUCAUCAAUGGAGCUGGAGCAACACUUCUUGCAGACCCACCCAAACAAGAUAAAAUCCACUGUUCCUGCCUCUGAAUCCAGCAAAGCAUCAGAGAAGAACUCAGGCAAAUCCAAUCCUGCUGUUCGAUCAUGUGAGGCUGCAGAUCUGGGAAAGUGGCAGGAUAAGAUCACCAUAAAAGCAGGAGAUGAUACUCCAGUUGGUUAUUCGGUGCCCAUCAAACCUCUUGAAUCCUCAAGACAAAACGGUACGGAUGCCUCCAGUUACUACUGGUGCAAAUUCUGCAGCUUUAGUUGUGAAUCAUCCAGCUCGCUCAAACUGUUAGAACAUUACAGCAAGCACCAUGGGGGGAGCCAGGCAGGGGGCCUUCACCCAGAUCGGAAUGACAAGCUCUCGAGGGGGUCGGUCAUUAAUCAUAAUGACUUAGCCAAAAAUUCAGAUGGAGAGUUAGCAACAAAGACCGAGAAGGGCUCUAGCGUGGCCAAAAAGAAAGACUUUUCCAGCUCAGGAGUGGAGGACAACGUGGUGACAAGCUACAAUUGUCAGUUUUGUGAUUUUAGGUACUCUAAGAGCCAUGGCCCAGACAUAAUAGUGGUGGGGCCUCUUCUUCGUCAUUAUCAGCAGCUACACAACAUUCACAAGUGUACCAUUAAGCACUGUCAGUUUUGUCCCCGAGGCCUCUGUAGUCCAGAAAAGCACCUUGGAGAAAUUACUUAUCCUUUUGCUUGCAGGAAAAGUAAUUGUUCCCACUGUGCUCUCUUGCUCUUGCACUUGUCUCCUGGGAUGCCAGGAGGCUCCAGAGUCAAGCACCAGUGUCACCAGUGCUCUUUCUCCACCCCCGAUGUAGACGUUCUCCUGCUUCACUAUGAAACCACACACGAAGCCCAGGUGUCUGAAGUCAAGCAAGAAGCAAAUGCCCUGCAAGGGUUGGACGGGUCGCUGAGUGUCAAAGAAAGCAAAGAACACAUGUGCACCAAAUGUGACUUUGUCACUCAGGUAGAAGAGGAGAUUUCUCGACACUACAGGAGACUCCACAACUGUUACAAAUGCCGCCAGUGCAGCUUUACAGCUGUUGAUACUCAGUCCCUCCUGGAGCACUUCAACACUGUGCACUGCCAAGAAAUGGACAUCACCACAGCCAAUGGGGAAGAUAGCCACGGGGUGGCUGCUGCUCUUAAGGAAGAGCCCAAAAUUGACCUGAAGGUCUAUAGCCUGAUGAAUGCAGACCCCAAACUGGGAGAGCCCGUCUCUGAGAACAUAGUGAAGAGGGAAAAGCUGGAUGAAAAGGAAGUAUUAAAGGAGAAAUGUUGGCCUGAUGGGUCCAGUGAUGAUCUUCGUGGUGCACCUUGGAGAGGAGUGGACAUUUUAAGGGGAAGCCCUUCCUUUACCCAAACAAGCUUGGGCCUUCUGACCACAGUGUCUGUUGGCCAAGAGCAGCCAAAGCCCUUAAGGGAUAGUCCAAACGUAGAAGCUGCCCAUCUUGCACGGCCUGUUUAUGGCUUGCCUGUCGAGACCAAGGGGUUUCUGCAGGGGGUACCCCAAGGAAGCGGAGAGAAACCUGGACCACUCCCUCAGCCAUAUUCUGGAUCUGGUGAUAACAAAUCAAAGGAUGAAUCUCAGUCCCUCCUAAGGAGACGUAGAGGCUCGGGUGUUUUCUGUGCCAAUUGUCUGACCACAAAGACCUCUCUCUGGCGAAAGAAUGCAAAUGGAGGAUAUGUAUGCAACGCGUGUGGUCUCUACCAGAAGCUUCACUCGACUCCGAGGCCUUUAAACAUCAUUAAGCAGAACAACGGUGAGCAGAUCAUUAGAAGACGGACGAGAAAGCGCCUUAACCCGGAGGCACUUCAGGCUGAGCAGCUAAACAAACAGCAGAGAGGAAACAUUGAGGAACAAGUCAACGGCAGCCCAUUAGAUAGGAGGUCAGAGGAUCAUUUAACAGAAGGUCACCAGAGAGAAAUCCAGCUUCCCAGCCUGAGUAAAUAUGAAGCCCAGGGUUCAUUGACUAAAAGCCAUUCUGCUCCGCAGUCAAUAUUGGUCAGCCAAACUCUGGAUAUUCACAAAAGGAUGCAACCUUUGCACAUUCAGAUAAAAAGUCCUCAGGAAAGUACCGGAGACCUAGGCAAUAGUUCCUCUAUAUCAGAAGGAAAAGGAAGCUCAGAGAGAGGCAGUCCAAUAGAGAAAUACAUGAGACCUGCUAAGCACCCAAACUAUUCGCCACCUGGAAGUCCCAUUGAAAAAUACCAGUACCCCCUCUUUGGGCUUCCAUUUGUCCACAACGACUUUCAAAGUGAAGCUGACUGGUUGAGAUUCUGGAGUAAAUAUAAGCUGUCCGUUCCCGGGAAUCCACACUACUUGAGUCAUGUGCCUGGCCUACCAAAUCCUUGCCAAAACUAUGUGCCUUAUCCCACCUUUAAUCUGCCUCCUCAUUUUUCAGCUGUCGGAUCCGACAAUGACAUUCCUCUAGAUUUGGCGAUAAAACAUUCCAGACCCGGGCCAACUGCAAACGGUGCCUCCAAGGAGAAAGUCAAGGCACCGCCAAUGGUCAAAAAUGAAGGUCCCUUGAAUGUAGUUAAAACGGAGAAAGUUGACCGAAGUACUCAAGAUGAACUGUCAACCAAGUGUGUGCACUGUGGCAUUGUCUUUCUGGAUGAAGUGAUGUAUGCCUUGCAUAUGAGUUGCCAUGGUGACAGUGGACCUUUUCAGUGCAGCAUAUGCCAAUACUUUUGCACGGACAAGUAUGACUUCACAACUCACAUCCAGAGGGGCCUACAUAGGAACAAUGCACAAGCUGAAACGAAUGGCAAAUCUAAAGAGUAAAAAUGAAUAAAAUAAAAUAAACCUUAGCACUUAGCACAAUUAAACAGAAAUAGGUUUCCUUGAUGGGAAUUCAAUAGCUUGUAAUGUCUUAUUAAGCACUUCAUAUAGCAAGCAUGCCUUAUCCAGUAUACAAUCCUUCAUUUUUUUCUUUCCUCCUUUUCCUUCCUUUAAACAAACAAAGUUACAAAGAAGGAAAAGUAAAAUGGAUGGCAGCUGGAAUGGGGGAGGGGGUUUAAGGGAUAAUCACUCGGGACCCGUCCACCAAAACUAUACAGAAGACACUAUAUCAGGGCAAGUAUCUUUGGGGGUGGGGAGGAACCCUAAUCAGAUAACUAAUACUUUUUGUUCUUGUACAAGAAACGUAGCUGGCUAGUAUGCAAAGAUGUAUAAUGCUGGAGCAGGUGUACAGUAAUAUAUGCACACUGUAUAGCGAAAUGGACUUGUUAAAUAAACGGAUGUCCAGAAAUCUAGUAGUAUUUUUUUUUCAUUUGGGUUCACUUUGGCCUUAUUGGAACAUCCAACAGCAUUCAUCAUUUCUACAAUCUGGAGGCAGUAGUUUUCUCCAGAUGUCACUCACGCUAAACCAGCUGGUAGCUACUAUUUUGAUGGCUAUACCUUGCACUCUACAAAAGUACACCCCAGUCUCUCAAGUCUAGAGCGACAGUAGGUUGAAUAGGUACCUUCAGACUCAGGAACAAUCAUUAUGAGCAUUCAAAACCAUGAACGCCACAAUGUAAUGUUCCUUCCCUCUCAAUCUGAAAACAAUUAAAAAAAAAUAUCUCAGGAAAUAUGAAAGUCAAAUGAGUCAGGUCUCAGAAGAAGAAAAAAUGUAGGCAACUCCUUCUUUCCAACCUGCCUCAUAAGCUUCAAAGGAUAUGUGAAGACCCUUUAAAUGACAAUUGUGCUGGUCUUCAUAAAAUUCAAGCUCAAAACAGGCCCUGGGUUGCAUACUACAUCUCAGGAGAUUCUGUUACAUGCUUUGGCCAAAAUAUAGGUUUAGGAGUAGCAUUCUGUAGAAAAGUACUCUGCCUGACAAUGUGUCUCUUAUAUGGAACCUCCUUUACAAACUUGAUGUGCAUAGUAUUCAUGUUUUGCAUUAGCUCUUCUUUCUAAAUUUUGCUUCAGGGUAGAGUGCAUGACUCGCUUUUCCAAAGGCCUUUGGUUAUUUAUAUGUAGUGGUCAGUCCCUUCACUAGACAUAGCGCCAGCUUUUGCUGGGCGUUGUUGUUUUUAAAACUUUAAAGAAAACGGGGAGGGGGGAAGCUUUUGUAAAACUAGUCCAUGAAGGGAAAGCUCCUCAGCAUAACUGCUCAGGGAAAUAGGUCUAAAUAACUCAAUAUUCAAUCAUUGCUUCAAGGUGCUGUUAGCCAAGCCUACAUAAGAUGCUACAAGGAUCUACAAAGGACGGACUUCAAUUCAUUUGCACGAUCUCGGCCCAGCCAGUAGUUAUUAUUUUUUACGAAGGGAUAUACAAAGAGAUAUUACAAGCUACUGGAUGCACUGUCAGAUUAACUUAUUUCAUUUAAGAAGUUGGGAGAACAAAUAGGGAAAAAAACUUAUUUUUCUAGUAAAUAUUAAUGUAUUACAUUUCAAAUAAUGGUGCCUGACAUAUUGAAUAAUUAUUUUCUACAGUGUACGUAUGCAACAAAGAUAUUCCAUCAUGCAUAAGAUUCAGCGCUGGCUCAGCCUCGCUCUGUUUACAUUUGCAAAUGUAGCAAACAAGGUAAUGAAGCAACUUUCUAUUGCAGUAGGUCUCUUAUUUGUGUGUGUGUGUAUGUGUGUGUGCGCGUGUUUGCAUUAAAAUUGUAAACUAACAUGAAAUGAAUGGACUUUGUUGAUAUUAAUGAUAUGCAGGGGAGAAGAAGAUGAAAAAGAAGGAGGAGGAGGAAAUGGAAAGAAGGAAAUAUGAAAAUAUUUUUAUGCCUACUUAGGAGGAAGCGAAAGGGUAGCACGAUUCAUUCCAAGUACUUUUUGUAUUCUUAAGCUCUUAACUCACAUUGUUAUGCUUAAAAUGAUAAACAUAUAUCCUCUUUUUAUUGCUUUGUCUAUGUUUCAGAUGAAACAUUUCAGAGAUUAUGUCGAGAGGUGCCAUAUGACUCCUUGGCACGGAAGGUUUUUAUUGCAUUCUGUAGUUGCAUUGCACUCCCAUUUUUACCAUAUUACACAGUCGCUUCGUUGUUUUUGUUGCGUUGGGGCUUUACUUCUUUAUUUCGCAUUGCAGACUCUUUAGUCCCUUGAGGUUGUGGAGUACAACUGGUUCCUGAAUGUUGCUGCGAAUGAGGUUUUAAAUCAUCUGUCUGAUAUCCCAUUGCCCAUCCCUUUUCUACGCUCUUUGUUUUCUUAAAUGUUCUAGGAAAUUGGGAAGGGCUGUAGCUCCGUGGUAGAGCAACUCCUUUGUACACAGGAAAGCCUGAGGUUGAGUCCCAGGUAUCUCAAGGUAGGGCUGUGAGAACCCCCCAUCUGAAACCCUGGAGAGCCACCGCCAGCCAGUGAGUAGACAGCUUCCUAUGUCCUCAUCAAGAUUUUCCCAGUUCGGAAAGGUAUGUUAAAGGGCCAUUUUCUGAUCCAACUGACAUGCUGCCUACCACAAAUGCUCAUGUAAUUAAAACUAACAUUUAACGUGGGUCGGAUGCAUCAUUUUCUGAUCUAGAAAAUGAGCAUUUAAAAUAAAAUAAAUGUGACCAGAGCUGCGAAAAGAGAGAGAGGGUAACGGAGGCUGCAAUCCUAAACACUCUUACUAGGGAGUAAAACAAUGGAACAUACUGCUGUGCAUACAAUCAUACCACAUAGUGCCAUCACAAAAGGCAAGGAAGCCAGGCAGAAUACACAUGAAGGGCUACAAUCCGAAUGCUCCAAUAAACCUCCCUGUACGCAGAAAACUAGAGGGUCAGGAAAAUGGAUUCUAGCCCAGCUUUCUCCCUGACAUGCUGUUUUUCUAAAUGUAGGAAGCAUUUUGUGUUUGAAAACGUUCAAACAUGCACUUCUCCCACCACCAUUCUGAGAAGGCUCAAACCCCAAAGCACUGCUACCAUAUGAUUCUUCUCUCCUAUAAGAGACUAGAAAGGUUCAGACGCUUUCCCAUGUGUUGAAAAAAUAAAUUGGGAUUAGCCGUGCCCACAGUUCACUGACUAGCUACUUUCCCACAGUCUGCAUUUGGCAAGUGUGUCAAGGAGCUUUAUGCUUGUACUGAUAUAGGACUCCUUCCCCCAAGGGGGUGGGAACCCCGGCCCUUCGCACACUGGCUGAACACGGGGCAGUGAGGGUGUCACUGCAAGGAGGGCAGGGCUAACUUGUGCGGUAUCAUAACCCUCCCCCUUCUUAUAGGUUCUUUCAAGCCCUUAUUAAAAUAUCUGGAUGUAUCCAGUUCUGGUUUCUUGUACUGCAAAGUCCUGUUACAGUCUCUGUAGCCCAAGACAUGAUGGUACUUCAGGGAGAAAAUGAAUAGCGCCUUGUCCUUACCACUAACUGAGAUGAAAUACAACCCACCAGGACAUUCUGCUGCACACUGCUGUGCUUUUUUUUCAAUGAGGAAGCUGUAGACCUCCCAUUGGAUUGUGAUGUUUAGGUUAAAUCUCUCCCUCAGUUUUCUACCCUGAAAGGCACGUAAGAUUCACUCCCAUUCAUAGAAUCAUAGAAUAGUAGAGUUGGAAGGGGCCCAUAAGGCCAUUGAGUCCAUCCCCCAUUGAUGACUGCCUCCAUUGGGUUUCUGCUAGGGCUGCCUCUGUACUUUUUCUAGAUCUUUUUUCCUCCUUUGCUGGAGAGGGGGAUAUAAGAGAGCAUCUCGAAAUGUCAUCAUUUAUGGGAUCAGCAAAAUUCACCAAUGGAAGUCUUGCCUACAGAAUGAUGUCAUGUUCCCAAGAGAACCCUUUAAAUGUAUAGCUCUGGAUUGACUCUAGAAUGCUCAUAGCUGUUCUGUGUUUUACGACACAUGGGGUAUUUUGUUUUGCUUUCUCUAUUUGUGCUUUCCAUCUCCACCCCAAUUUUCAUAAUGCAUGUUCAUUUCUACUCACAAACAUGUUCCUGGUGUAUUUCUUAUGCAAACAAUUCUUCAGGCAGCAAAAAGAUGUCUGUUACAUCUAAACUUGAAU